AUGGUCUGCAUGGAGCAAGAGGCUAUUAGCUUCUCGGUGGCUACACUGAGCGGGCCGUGUGCCAUUGAGCCCAUUUGGAGGGUGAUGUUUCCAGAAGAUGAGACGAACCCAGAUGCCAGAAUUUGGGAGGGUCUGUGGCACAUGUGCCCGGCUCCAAAAAGCAGCAGGAUACAAUGCACGUUAUACUGCACCCGGCCAAUUGUAGCCCAGGCCCUAACUGUGUCUCGAGUCUAUGGAACCUGGCUAGGUCUGCUGCUGGGCAUGGUCGGGGAUAAAUGUAUCAUGGCUGUGAAGUACUGGAAUAUUGAAGCUGAGAUCAUGAGGACAGCCAGUGUGAUAUUCCUCGGUAUUGGCUUUCUGGUGCUGAUGUCUCUGUCCUGGGUGGCACACAACAUCAGCCAUGGCUUCUCCAACCCACUGUUGGGCUCCAUGAAGAAAACAGAAAUGGGUGCCUCACUCUGCCUGACCAGUUCGCUGCCGCUGUUGCUCGGAGCACUGUGCUGCACUUCGGCUGCCCACGAUGCAGGCUUGCUGGACCAGCCCAGAGAUGGCACCAUGUACAAUGAGCCCAGAGACUGCACCACCACCACCACCACGUACAAUGAGCCCAGAGGCGGCACCACCACCACGUACAAUGAGCCCAGAGGUGGCACCACCACCACAUACAAUGAGCCCAGAGACUGCACCACCACCACCUACAAUGAGCAAGAGCCUCUCAUGUCAAUCAAGAAAAUGCCCCCACGGGAUUGCCCACAGGCCCAACUGGUGUGA